UUUCAGUUGAAGAGAUGAUGAUAGUCUGUUCGGUGUGGACUUGGAAGGAGAAGGCAGUGCAGCCCCCCCCCCCCCCCCCCCCCCCGCUCCGUGAACUGUGGCUGGAUGUGUGGCUGUCUGUGGGAGAGGAGGACAUCUGAAUCUGGGAAGGAAACGUUUCCACGUAGGAGCUCCAUUUUUCUGAAUCUUUCCCGUGCCAAAAUCAAGGAGAGGGCAGCCUUCUCUGCAUUUCAAGAUCCUUCUGCCUCUGAGGUGAUGAGAGCAGAUGCAGAGGCUGUGCUGAGGCCUUUCAAAGCCUUCAGGUGUGAUUUCUCCACCUACCAUCACCCCAGAAAACACGAGGGAGGAGAAAGGAGAGGAAGAAAUGGCUGCGUCUCAGGUCUUCGUGUCUCUAGAGUCGAUCCGGUUAAGAUGUUUGGGAAAAGGAAAGAGCCCUGGUUCAUGAAGAGAAAGGAGAAAAUAAUCACACACACAGAUACUUACAUUACAGUGCAGUAUGCCUCUCGUUGUGAAAUGGAGAAACUACAUCUCGGCUAUCCUCAAAAAUACCUGCUGCCGUCGCUGUACUGGAUGAGUGCCUUGUAUAGAGGUCUGGUCAUCUCCGAAACGCUGGGAUCCAUAUUUGACGGAAUUCUGCUGCUCCCAGCAACUCUCACAUCUGCCUGCAGCUGUGAUAUCGCCACAUUCUCAGAUCUUCUGAAAAUAAAUCUAGAGGAGGAGGAGGUGGUGAGAGAAGAAAUGGCCAGUUCUCAGCUCUAA